AUGUCAACGCAUCCAGCAGUUGCAUUGCCCUUAACCGUUCGCAAUGAAGCCAAGGACAAAUCUAAGGGCAAUGAGGGUUCAGCCGUGCGUGCUUCCGUAGUGGUAGCAUGUAUCUUGUUUGCCUUUCUCCUCGCAUUCGUCCAAGGUUAUCGAGCAGGCCGCAUGGCUGGUCAAAGGUCCAAGAGCAGAGUCUCAGACGUUCUAGUAUUCGUACAAGGUUUCUUUUGCACGGUCCUCCUAGUUGCUACUGCUUUAGUAGUGGUCACAGGGUCCGGCUUGCACGGGUAUGAUGAGUGCCAAACUGCUCUUAUAAUUUGCGUUAUUGGGUUCGGAGGGACGAAGAUUGCUCUGUAUCUUUUUCUCCUCGAACGUAUUCGCAUCGUCCGGGCUCCAUUCAUCAACCGUUGGUGUGAUCCAUUAUACGUCAUUGGAGGGGUUUUGAUAGUGAGCUGUUUUAUUGCAAUAACGGGUUCACAAUUUGCCAACCGAAUAGUUGUAUUCCAAGGUGGCAGGCGUGAAUGUAGCAUCGGAUUUCGUCCGCCGACUGCCUAUCUGGUCGUGGUACUUGAUGUCACAACCAACCUAGCUCUGACGGGGAUCUUCAUACGGCAACUUCGCCCAGCUGUGGCUUUGCAAAUACCUCGAAUACCAAGCAUGGCCAAUAGCGCUGAGGGGACAAACACUUCCAACGCCGAAGGAAUCGGACUGUGGAUAAGAAGCGUACGAAGAACGGUAUGGGGCUCCUGUCUGACCAAUUUGCAAGUUAUGUUGGUACGGAACGUCAUCGGCGCAUUGAUCAUGCUCAUCAGCUCUAUUACCUUCAACAUCCUCAUGGCCAGCCAAGAAUUUGCAAGACGAGGUCAUGCUUGCAUGUUGUUGUGUUUGACCGACGUGGUCAUCUGUAUGCUUGUGACGCAGUAUUUGACGAUGCGCUCGGUCGAACAGGAGGCCACAUCGCACAGACCCUCUCGCCCUACACUGGAUAGAUGGAGUAGCCCAGCAUCUCCCUCGAACAGUGCGAUCUCCAGCGUCCCUUCUCUAGAUCCUAUUAACAUACACGCCAAAGGCCAUGUGUCUACAGUUGGGCAGUUACCGUCUCUUGCCUCUGCGACCGCCAAAAACACACACCUAAACGUUCCUUGA